AUGCGACCCAGGAAUCCGAUUGCCUUUCCACGAGGCCGACUUUUCGGUUAUGCGGGCAGCGAAACAAGCGGCGCGAGCAGCGGCUUCAAAACGCACAGCGAGAGCCCGUCCCUGCGAGUGUCGGUCAUAGAGCACCUGGGGCAGCAUGUGGGGUUGCACACGUGGCCAUCAGCAGUGGUGUUGGCAGAAUACCUCUGGCAGCAGCGGGAGGUGAUUAAGGGGAAGCGCGUUAUCGAGCUAGGGGCGGGAACAGGCCUAUGUGGGAUUCUCUGUGCCAAGCUCGGCGCGCAAGUCACCCUCACAGACGCCCACUCGCAGGCCCAGGUUCUCUACAGCCUGCACCAAGCAGCAGAGCUGAACGGCCUUUCCUGUACCGGAGGAGUAAAAGACUGUCAGGCACCAAAAAGAGAACCGGGGGGCUCUGGGGAAUCUGGGGAAUGUGGAAAAGCUGUGAAGUGUGAAGAUUUAUCCUCGCCGCCUAGUGGGGGGGUGAGCGUGGUGCCACUCACUUGGGGCGACGUGUCUCAGCAGGUCUUUCAGCUGCCCCCUUCUGACGUCAUCAUAGGAGCAGACGUGCUGUAUGAUGCUUCAGCCUUUGACCCGCUCCUCUCCACGGUGCAUCUUCUCCUCGGGUUGAAACGAGGCUCAGUCUUCAUAACAGCCUAUCAAGCACGCAGCACACAUGCCUCUCUGCACCUCCUCAUGCAGUCAUGGGGGCUCAUAUGCGUCCACAUGGUAUCAGCAGACGAUUUCAUGCCGGCCAAUAAGAUUGCGACACUUGGCGGGAGCGAGAUCUACGUUGCUGUGAUUGCGUCAGUGGCAGAUUCGUUAUUACCAUCAAACAUGGUUGCACUGUACAGUUGA